GCUCAAAAAAUGCUCAUAAAUAAUCAACAACAACGACAACAAAUAUCAUUAAAUAAUCAACAACAACAGUCACAACAACCUCUUCAACAAACAUCUCCACCACCACCACAACCUUGUUCCAAUCAGACAAAUUUUGAGGGAAAUAAUUUUAAUUUAAAUUCUCAACAACCAAUUCCUUUAUUUGGUGGAGGAUUGGGAGGAAAUGGACAACAACAAUUAAAUAAUAAUUUAUUUAAUUCUGUUGGGGGAAUAUUUUCAACAACAACUUUAAAUCAACAAAAUCAGAACAGUUUAAAUAAUGUUGGUGUUGAGAAUAGACAAAUUAAUGGACAGACAAUUCCUGGAGCUUGGUUUUUUCCUCCUCAACAGUCUGCUGAAUUGGACACAAAUACUUUAGGUUCGCCUUGCUCACCAGGUUUAAUGGCGCCACAGCAAUUGCUUGCUCGAUUUGGUCCUCGACAUUCUACAGAUUCUGUUGAAGUUCCAAGUAGUGAACAUGUGGCUGAAAUUGUUGGGAGACAAGGUUGUAAAAUCAAAGCACUUCGAGCCAAAACCAAUACUUAUAUAAAAACUCCAGUUCGUGGUGAAGAGCCUGUCUUUGUCGUUACCGGCCGCCACGAGGAUGUUGUUGAGGCUAGACGUGAAAUUGAAUGUGCAGCUGAACAUUUUACUCAAAUACGUGCUUCGCGACGGCAUAGCCAGGGUGCGUGCCCAGCACCUGGUCACGUAACUGCUUAUGUGCGUGUGCCGCUUCGUGUUGUUGGAUUGGUUGUUGGUCCGAAAGGGAAUACAAUUAAACGAAUUCAGCAGGAUACCCAUACGUAUAUAAUAACACCAAGUCGUGAACGUGAACCUAUUUUCGAAGUAACUGGCUUGCCAGAAAAUGUUGAAGCAGCACGUCGCGAAAUUGAAAACCAUAUUUAUCAAAGAACAGGAAAUAUGCCGAUAACUGAUCCAAAUGCUUCUAUUGCUAAUUUUGAUUUGAAUUCUGCUGCUUUACAAGCCCAACAAGCAGCUCUCCAAUCCAACUCUGUCAACAGACCAAAUUAUGGGGCAUUGGCUGUUGUUUGUCCUCGUAAUGUUGGAUUAUUAAAUGGUGGAGUUAAGGAUUCAAAUCCAUACUUUCAACAACAUCAAAAUGGAAUUAAUUCAAAUCAUUUUGUUAACGGAUAUGGACAACAAACAGAAAUUGAUCAUUAUUUAAAUAAUAACAAAUCUGGAAUGUCUGUUAUCUUUAAUGGUAACAACAACAUUAAUUGUUGUCCUCCUCCAUCAGCUGAUUUACACAAUUCGACAACUUCUAACUCAGCUGCUUCUUCAAAUGAUUUGCAUUUGUUUUUUAAUUCACUUGAAUUGGAUGCUGGAAAUGGGGCUGUUAAGUUUUCAAAUUUUGGUGCCAUUGGUGAUCCUCACCCAGCUCCAGACAAUCAAAAACGUCAAGAACAACAACAACCUCAUAAUCUAUUUCGUUCUGUUUCAAACGAACUUCGAGGUCAACAACAGCAACAAUUUGACCAAUUUGGUUCAACAUUUUCGAAUGGGGAAAGUGCUUUCUCUCCGUGGACUACAACAACAAUUGGGGCAGUUACUGAGCUUACAACAAAUGGAAUAAUGAAAGAAAAUGUGACGACAAAUGGAGGAGUUGAUAUUUUUGAACUUUUUUCUUCAACAAGUUCUUCAUCUCCUUUGGCAUUUUCCUUCUCAAAUGGGACAAAAUGUUAUUAA